GUGGGUGAUCCCCGCCACUUCCACCCCCAACUCCCACCUUCGCCUUCCUGCAGCUGCUGGCGCUCCAGCGCUUUUCCAGAAAGGCGCGCAGAGGGGUGUCUGGAGGAGGACCUGCUGGUGCCCAAGUGGCGGGCAGCCCCCGAGCUGGCUGGGCUGUCCCGGCCAGCGGGGAACAUGGGCGUACUCAGGGUCGGGCUGUGCCCGGGCCUCACCCAGGAGAUGGUCCACCUUCUGAGGAGCCGCGGGAUCAAGACAGUGGUGGACCUGGUUUCUGCAAACCUGGAGGAGGUAGCCCAGAAAUGUGGCUUGUCUUAUAAGGCCCUGGUUGCUCUGAGGCGAGUGUUGCUGGCUCAGUUCUCAGCUUUCCCCAUCAAUGGUGCUGAUCUCUAUGAAGAACUGAAGACCUCCACUGCCAUCCUGUCCACCGGCAUUGCCAGCCUGGACAAAUUACUUGAUACUGGUCUCUAUACUGGAGAAGUGACUGAAAUUGUAGGCGGCCCGGGUAGUGGCAAAACUCAGAUAUGCCUUUGUGUGGCAGCAAAUGUAGCCCAUGGCCUGCAGCAAAACGUCCUGUACAUUGAUUCCAAUGGAGGGCUGACAGCCUCCCGCCUCCUGCAGCUGCUUGAGGCUAGGACCCAGGAUGAGGAGGAACAGGCAAGAGCUCUCCAGAGGAUCCAGGUGGCACAUGCAUUUGACAUCUUCCAGAUGCUAAAUGUGCUGCAGGACCUCCGAAGCACUGUGGCCCAGCAGGUGACCAGUUCUUCAGGGACUGUGAAGGUGGUAGUUGUGGACUCAGUCACUGCAGUGGUCUCCCCACUCCUGGGAGGUCAGCAGAGGGAAGGCUUGGCCUUGAUGAUGCAGCUGGCCCGAGAGCUGAAGACCCUGGCCCGGGACCUGGGCACAGCAGUGGUGGUGACCAACCAUAUGACACGAGACAGGGACAGUGGGAGGCUCAAACCUGCCCUUGGGCGCUCUUGGAGCUUUGUGCCAAGCACCCGGCUUUUCCUGGACAUCAUCGAGGGAGCAGAAGCAUCGGGAAGGCAGCGUACAGUGUGUCUGACCAAAUCUCCCCGCCAGCCAACAGGUUUCCAGGAGAUGGUAGACAUUGGGACCUGGGGGACUGCAGAGCCGAGCCCAGCAUUACAGGGAGAUCAGACGUGACUGGUGCUGUUGGGCAACAAGGAGGCUUCAAGUGCCCUGUCAACUUCCCUUCCCAGUAAUGCCUGCUGUUUACUGCCACCCAGCACUUGGGAAUGCAGAAGUUCUCAAGCUGGCCCGAAGAGACGUCUCGGUCUCCUCAGCUUCACUCUCUGCAGACACAUUUCAAGCUACAGGCAAGAGAGGACACUGCAGCCAGAGGUCCGGAAAUUCAUGCUGGCGUCUAGUUUCCUUUCCUGGUUUCUGCCGUGUAUGUUUCCGGUGGGAGCCAAGUUCACCCUGGCUUAGGACAUCUCUGAAGAAACGUGGUAGUGACUGGGAGGAUAACCCUGUGUGUCACUAUUUCGUCCUGUGGUCCAUCCUAGCACAGAGACCUAGCCGGGAAGACUCUAAUUUGCCUUUGCUUCUCUCUCUAUUUUUUUUUUUUUUUUGCCUCUGCUUUUCUAUUUAUAAAGAUAGGGGGCCACUUUCCCCUUAGCUCUGUCUCUGAGUUAGAGUGAAAAUAACCUUAUAAAUGGGCGGCGCCUGUGGCUCAAGAGGAUAAGGCACCAUAUGCCAGAGGUGGGGGGUUCAAACCCAGCCCCGGCCAAAAACUGCAAAAAA